AUGAGGUUUCAGAACUCCACCUCCCAGAGUGCCUUGCCCUUGGCCAUCCAGGAAGGGAACAACUGCCAGCCUAUCCCGACGAGGAGGUGUGGCAGACGGACAGACGGCAGGACGGAUACACGGGUGGGGGCUGUGCUAGGCGGCUCGGCGGCAGGCUGGUGGAAGAUGUCGUCAGGAGCCGGUGGGAGGGGCGGGAGGCGGCUCAGGGGGACGGCAAGCAGCGCAGGUGGAGGAGGCAGAGGAGGGGCCGGUGAGGCGGAGGAAGGCCCCGUGGGGAUCCCGUUCCCUGAGCACAGCGCCGACAUCCUGGGCAGUCUGAACAAGCAGCGGCUCAGCGGCCUGCUGUGCGACGUGCUCCUGGUUGCCGAGGACCGGGAGUUCCCGGCUCACCGCUCCGUCCUGGCGUCCUGCAGCUCCUACUUCCACAAGCUCUUCACUUCGGGGGCCGCCGCAGACCAACAGAACAUCUACAGCAUCGACUUUGUGGCAGCAGAGGCCCUGGGAGCGUUGCUAGACUUUGCCUACACAGCUACAUUGACAGUCAGUCACAGCAGCGUGGCCGACAUCCUCGCUGCUGCACGCCUCUUGGAAGUCCCACCCGUCCAGGACGUCUGUACACACCUGCUGGACACCAAAGUGCUCUCCCCGCCGGCGGGCAGUGAGCGAAGAGCUGACGAUGAAGAUGAGGAGGGGAAGAGCAGAGGAGGCAGUGAGCAGGGGAACCGGGUGCGGGCCCGGGAGUACCUGGAGUACUUCCAGAGAGGGGCGCAAUGGAGCAGCAGCUGCAGCACGCCAGAGCUCAGGGACCUGCCCACACACCUGCACUUUAACCACGGUAAUGGCGGUGUCCCCAGCAACGGGGCCCCCGCUGGCCACGGCGAGUACUACUCCCCCCUGGCCCUCGCCUUGGCCCAGGCCCCCACACAGGAGCCAGAGGACGAGGAUGAGGACGAUGAGGAAGAUGAGGACGGGGAGGCGGUGCAGAGGAACGGUGGGGGUUCAUCUUACUACCCUCCGUCUCAGAAUGGGCACUACUACAUCCCCGCCGAGUCUCGGCUUGGGCAGGAGACAGAGGUGGAGGAGGGAAGCAGGGAGGCGCUGGCGAGGGAGAGGGGUUCUGCCAGCGCCCUCCUGCAGCAGAUGAUGGACUCCAUCGAGAGGCAGAAGGAGCGUGCAACAACUGGGGAGGAACAGGGAGAUGGGGACGACCCCGACAUGGAAUUUUACUUGAAUUACUUUAACAGCACUCAGCAUGAUGAUCCAGCAUCCGGGGCCGUGACUCCGGGAGUGACGCCGCUCUGGUUAUCACGGGGCAGAACAGGAGGAGGAGGAGGAGGAGGAGGUGGUGGUGGGGGCGAGAGGAAGAUGCGCUCUAAGGCCUUCCAGAAAUGCCCCAUAUGCUCCAAGGUCAUUCAAGGAGCAGGCAAGCUACCCCGCCACAUCCGAACGCACACGGGAGAGAAACCUUAUGAAUGCGCCAUCUGCAAAGUGCGCUUUACCAGGCAGGACAAGCUCAAGGUUCAUAUGCGGAAGCAUACAGGAGAGAAGCCUUACCUUUGUACGCAGUGCGGAGCCGCCUUUGCUCACAACUACGACCUGAAGAACCAUAUGCGCGUGCACACCGGCCUGCGCCCCUAUCAGUGCUCAAGCUGCUUUAAGACUUUCGUGCGCUCGGAUCACCUGCAUCGCCACCUCAAGAAGGACGGCUGCAACGGCAUCCCCUCCCGCCGGGGCCGAAAGCCUCGGGUGCGGGAACCGGGGCUCCUCGAUGCACCCCUGGGCCUGCUGAGCCCCGGCUCCGACACGGGCUCUGGUCCUCGUACCAUCAGGGGGCGGCGGCGCUCGGAGGCAUCCUCUGCGGCAGAGGUAGAGGGGACUGCUAGAGGCCACGCACACAGUCCUCAGCUGGAGGAGUUUGCAGGGGAGGCAGGGCCCUGAGACUGCAGGGGGACGACAAGGACACUGCUGGACACCAUAGUCACUCUGCACCGCCUGUGAGACAGGCCAGUGAACAGAGAGGAGAUAAAGACAC